AAAUAUUAAACCUGCGGGACUCAGAAGAAAGAACCGAGGGAGAGCGUGUGCAAACUAAGGGAGUUUACUACAGCGCGGCGUGGAGGGAGACACGGGCGCGUGGCAGGGAGAACUAGCAAACCCAACCGACACCGCACGCAGAAAUGGCGGAGCACCACGCAGCCGGCGACGGCAAGCACAAAGCGUCCACCAGUGCCGGGGGCUCGGUGCACGGGAACAGCAGACCCGGCGUCGCGGGUGGCGGACCGGGCAAAGGAGGAGGCCUGUCUGGUGGACUGACACAACCGGCCGGGUGGCAGUCCUUACUCUCCUUUAGCAUUCUGUUCCUGGCCUGCCUGGCCGGAUUCAGCUCCAGACUUUUCGCGGUGAUCCGGUUCGAGAGCAUCAUCCACGAGUUUGAUCCAUGGUUCAAUUACAGAUCGACGCACCAUCUCACCACAAAUGGCUUCUACGAGUUCCUCAACUGGUUCGAUGAGAGGGCCUGGUACCCCUUGGGCAGGAUCGUUGGCGGCACGGUAUACCCAGGGUUAAUGGUGACCGCCGGCCUCAUCCACUACAUGCUCAACCUGCUCCACAUCACCGUCCACAUCCGCGACGUGUGCGUCUUUCUGGCGCCGGUGUUCAGCGGCCUGACGGCCAUCUCCACCUUCCUGCUGACGCGGGAGCUGUGGAACCAGGGUGCAGGUCUGCUGGCGGCCUGCUUCAUCGCCAUCGUCCCGGGCUACAUCUCGCGCUCCGUCGCCGGAUCCUUCGACAACGAGGGCAUCGCCAUCUUCGCCCUGCAGUUCACCUACUACCUCUGGGUGAAGUCAGUGAAGACGGGCUCUGUGUUCUGGGCCAUCGGCUGUUGUCUCUCCUAUUUCUACAUGGUGUCGGCAUGGGGAGGCUAUGUGUUUAUCAUCAACCUGAUUCCUCUGCAUGUGUUUGUGCUGAUGCUGAUGCAACGCUACAGCAGAAGAGUCUACAUCGCUUACAGCACUUUCUACAUCGUGGGUCUCGUGCUGUCGAUGCAGAUCCCCUUUGUCGGCUUCCAGCCAAUCAGGACCAGCGAGCACAUGGCCGCUGCCGGUGUGUUUGCACUUCUCCAAGCCUACGCCUUCCUGCAGUACCUGAAGGACCGGCUGACCAGACAGGAGUUCCAGACACUCUUCCUCCUCGGAGUCUCUCUUGCAGCCGGCGUGGUCUUCCUCACCGUCAUCUAUCUCACUUACACAGGAUACAUCGCUCCGUGGAGUGGUCGUUUCUACUCUCUCUGGGACACCGGCUACGCCAAGAUCCACAUCCCCAUCAUCGCGUCGGUGUCGGAGCACCAGCCGACGACGUGGGUCUCCUUCUUCUUCGACCUCCAUAUCCUGGUCUGCACGUUCCCAGCAGGCCUCUGGUUCUGCAUCAAGAACAUCAAUGACGAACGAGUGUUUGUGGCCCUGUACGCCAUCAGCGCCGUCUACUUCGCCGGCGUGAUGGUGCGUCUGAUGCUGACACUGACGCCGGUGGUGUGCAUGCUGUCUGCGGUGGCUUUCUCCAGCGUCUUUGAGCAUUACAUGGGAGACGACACGAAGAGGGAGAAACCACCCGCUGAAGACAGCAGCGACGAGGACGACAAGAGGAACUCUGGGAAUCUUUAUGACAAGGCCGGUAAGGUGCGCAAACACGUGUCGGAGCAGGAGAAGGCCGAGGAGGGUUUGGGCCCCAACAUCAAGUCCAUCGUCACCAUGCUCAUGCUGAUGCUGCUGAUGAUGUUCGCUGUCCACUGCACCUGGGUCACCAGCAACGCCUACUCCAGUCCCAGUGUGGUGCUGGCCUCAUACAACAACGACGGGACGCGCAACAUCCUGGAUGACUUCAGGGAGGCCUACUACUGGCUGAGGCAGAAUACAGGCGAGCACGCCCGCGUCAUGUCGUGGUGGGACUACGGUUACCAGAUAGCCGGCAUGGCCAACAGGACCACGCUAGUCGAUAACAACACAUGGAACAACAGUCACAUAGCGCUGGUGGGGAAAGCUAUGUCUUCCAACGAGAGCGCAGCCUACACAAUCAUGAGGUCGUUGGAUGUGGACUACGUGCUGAUUAUCUUCGGAGGAGUGAUCGGCUACUCAGGAGACGAUAUAAACAAGUUCCUGUGGAUGGUGAGGAUCGCGGAGGGAGAGCACCCAAAGGACAUCAGGGAGAGCGACUACUUCACCCCUCAGGGAGAGUUCAGAGUGGAUAAGGCCGGUUCACCGACUCUCCUCAACUGCCUUAUGUACAAGAUGUCCUACUACCGAUUUGGUGAAAUGCAGCUGGACUUCCGGACGCCUCCUGGCUUCGACCGGACUCGCAACGCCGAGAUCGGCAACAAGGACAUCAAGUUCAAGCACCUGGAGGAGGCGUUCACCUCGGAGCACUGGCUGGUGAGGAUCUACAAGGUCAAGAACCUGGACAACAGGGAGCCGCUGGACCACACGCUUCGCAGUGUAGUGCCCAAGCAGAAGUACACCUCCAAAAAGACCGCCAAGAGGAAGCGAGGACACAUCAAGAACAAGCUGGUCCUGAGGAAAGGCAAGAAACUCCAAAAGAAAUAACGGCGACGAUGAACUCUUCUAGCAAAACAACUGCGAAGAAACCUCUUAACAACCAAUGAAGAAGAACACAGGGGCCGUUUAUCUGGCACUCGGUCUCAAGCGCGUCUCAUUAGAGCGCCCCCCUGUGUCGAGGAAGUGUCAUAUCUGGCUAGCUGCAGAACCGUUUUAAUCCCGAGGACCUUUUGUCUUGCUUAAUUUCUCCCGUGUUUUUUUUUGUUUUCUAGUUUGUCUGUUUUUUACUUUGUACUUGAAUGUGUGGCGAGGCAUAGGGCUGCUCUGCUUGGUUCGGCGUCGAUUAACAUUUUGUGGUACGUUUAAUUAACUGCUUAUCAGUGCGGGGAAUUGGGGGGUGGGGGGGGUGGGGGGGAGGAGAGAGACUAGGGACAUUUGCACCAAAGACCCAUCGACCUUGCUCCACGGCACAUGUGAACUCAUUACUGAGAGUGAGGGAGUGAAAGCUGAGGACUUGUUCCUGACGCGUAUACAGAGGACGGUAUGCGGCAUGGAGGAACGUCACCGUCUAGGCACAGCCCGUCUGUAGAAUGAACCUUUUUAUCAUCGUCCUCUCCUUUGUGUCUGCCUUGCUCCCCGACCUUCUUUUUCAACAAAUUCUUUAGAGAAAAAAAAAAAUUGGCCUAACAUGUAAAUAUCUUGUGUAAAGAAUAAGUCUAAACGGAUGAUAAUAUAUUGGAUUAUUGUGGUGAUUUUUAAAUAUGCAGUUGUCAGUUAUCUUACUUUCUUUGUGAUUGUUUUGUUGAUUUUUUUGUUUUGUUUGUAUGACAGCGAAUAGAUCAGUGAAUGCAAUAAUUCUUGUACAGAGGGGCUUGACAUUUCGUUGGAAGAAUGAAUGUGAAUUUUUACAAAGCCCCCCCCCCAUACCAACACCCCCUUUUUUCAUAAAUGGCAUAGAUUGUACAUUUCUGCUGCUUAGGGAUUUAAAGACAGAAGCAAGCAAUGGUGUGUAGAAAGCAGUGAUCAUGAAUUAGGCCUCCCUUCCUGCAGAGGGAGCUCUCUAGUGCAGUGUGCAGAGCUUCGUGCCUCAUCGCUGGUCACCAUCGCCUCGAUACUUUGUGACCGUCUGCUCUAUCAGCUUUGUGUUCAGCUCAUCGUGUAUCAACGCAGCGGGUCGGGUGCUUCGACCAGACUGAGGCAAUCGGGAACUGGGAAUAGACUGGUGAACUGUGAAGGGGGGGGGUAGUUGGUACUCAAGCACUGAAACUGAGACUAGAAAACACAACUGAGGUGAGGAAAGGUAGAAACUUCCAUCCUUGUCCGAGACAACGGUGGACCGACGUCUUUAUUGUACUUUAGAGCUGUGUCCUGAUUCCAUACUGCAUUUAAGAUUAAGUCUUAAAAGGUAUUGAUUAUGUAAUAUGUCACACUUUAGACUUAACCGCUAUUCUCUAACGUGAUUUUAAAUUGGUGGAGUGGACCUUUAAUUUUCUGUCCAUCGACUAAUAAGUUCAGCUCUAGUAACUUUACUAGACGUGAUGUAUCUCGUGCUCCUUGUAUCUCCUCCAUGGAAGAAAAAACUACUGUAAAAAAAGAAUACUCUAUAUGUAGUGUAUUCUUGAUAAUAUUCGUAUGCACAGUAGUAGUAGUAUUGCGAACCAUCAUUUUUGUCAUUGAUUUAUUGGUUGUUUCUUUACGUUAUUCUUUAUUUGGUUCGUAAAAUAUAAAGAGGAAGAAAAAAAAAAAAUCUGAAAACUUCCCAGUGGACACAAAGUGAUAGUUUGUAUAGAAGAUGGAGCAUAGCAAAUAUUCACAUUUGCAAAGAUGCAAGUAGUGAAUUUUUGGUAUUUCUGCCUUGAAAAAACCCCAAUCAACUGUUAACAUUGAAAGAUUGAUUAAUGGUAUAAAAAAAAAAAGAUUAACUUAUCAAUUAAUCUGAUUGUGUCAGGUUGUAUAGUAUGCAGUUGGGACACAGCUCUGAUGAGCCGUAACCUUUGACCUUUUGUUCGAUGGGCACUGCACUGUUCGUCUGUCUGGGUUCUCCAGAUGUUCUAAACACUAAAGGUGUUUCUGUAUGUGCACGCUUCAGUAACUUUUUCCAUUUUACUUUUUCUCAAACGAGUGACUCAUAGAAAGACUAACGCGUCGCACAGCUGUACUAUCACACCUCACAGAAGAGUGACUUGUAUUUGUAUCACCCGGUUUGUUUUUCUUUACACUUUUUAAAAAGUAUUGUCUGAAUCACUUUUUUUUUUUUUUGAUCUUCUCUGAAACUUGACUAUCACCAUUUCAGACUUCAGACCUUUGACACAAUGCCGCAUUGUCAUUCAGUCACACCUGCGCCUAGAGCUGAAUCACGUCCUGAUUUCUCAUCAGUCAAGAGAGGAGAGGGUUCAGACCGAGCCUUAAUGUGAUGUACAGUUUGUUGCCCUCUUACGUUUUCAUUUUGUGUCGAUUAGGAGCGGCAGAACGGUUCCUUCCUCUACUAAGUCGAAUUAUUUCUUAGUAGCUCAGUGCUGUCUGUCCUUAACACCUUUUGUUUUGAUGAAAUCCCUCCUUCACCUUCAAAGUUUACAUUUCUACGUUGUUCUGUUCAGCCAUCUUUAAAUAUACACUUUAAUGAGAA